UUUGUCAUGCAAUUCUGUUGUUGUUAUCGAUUCAAAUAAGCAUUGUUAAGGUCAGGGAAAUAAAGUGUCUCCUUAAAACAAAAGCGAUGUAUUUUUUCUUCAUAAUAAUCAUAGCAUUUGUAUGCAUAGCAUUUGUACGUAAAGUUCGGGCAAAGAAAAAUUGUUCACAAACUGAAAUAGAUGGAAAAAAUAUACUUAUGUGGUCAAGUGAUAGUAAAAAAAAUAAGGAAAUGUCAAAAAGUUUUAAAAAUUCAACGAAUUUCAAGGAAAUUAUUGGACAAGUGUUUAAUAUCACAUGGGAAAUGAUUGUAACUUUCAAAUCUUCAAGGGACAGCAACCGCGCUCCUUGUUGGACAUUAUGUUUGAAAAAGAAUCAGAGUAAUUGCAAUGUAGCAGUGACCAUCAAGCUUAUUUCAAGGAACAGAGUAAAAAGUUAUUAUUUAACUUAUGACACCAAGGAAGAUUCUAAAUUUAUUCUUAACCAGAAUACCUUAGAAUUGGAUGAUUACAAUUUGGAGUUGUUCUUCAUUUUCAAGAGCACCUCAACGCCUGAAAAAAAUCUAGCAAAAAUAUUUCCCAUUGUUAAACUGCAAAACUUAUCCACCAGUUUUCAAGCUAUGCUUGAAAAAGAAUACAUGACCGACGUCGUCUUGAAAUGUGAUUCUUUUACUUUGAAAGCUCACAAAAGUAUUCUAAGUAUCCAAUCUCCAGUUUUUGAAGCCAUGUUCACAAGUCCCAUACUUAAGAAUAAACAGGAUACAGCUGUUGUUGAAGAUGUGGAUCCAUCCGUUUUGCAAGCCAUGGUCAGUUUCAUGUAUUCCGGUCAAGUGAAAGUAGGGUCCGAAUCUAUUAUUUACGAUCUUCUGCACGCGGCAGAAAAAUAUCGAAUCGAUGCUUUGAAGGAAGGGUGUAUUGAGUACUUGCAGCACAUUUUAUCUCCUGAAAAUGCCGUCAAAAUUCUCGAAGUGUCUAAUGUGUUUGACCAACAACUGAAGUCUCAUUGUUUGGAUUACAUUAAAAAUGAAUUUAAAAGUGUGAAAUCUACAAAAGAUUGGAAAGAUCUUAAACAGAAAAAUCGCAUUUUGGCAUUAGAGGUAUAUUCUUUUUGUGAAAGUGACUAAACAUGCAUACUUAUUUUAUAAAAAAAAAAAUUUAAAAAUAGGUAAAUAGGUAACAUUUUGUUUUAUCAUGACAACUUAUUCAAUUAAACUGUAUAGUAAAUAU